CCUCCCCUCCAGUCUUGCACAGGUGUACCGGCUCCUCCCCUCCAGUCUUGCACAGGUGUACCAGCUCCUCCCCCUCCAGUCUUGCACAGGUGUACCGGCUCCUCCCCUCCAGUCUUGCACAGGUGUACCGGCUCCUCCCCUCCAGUCUUGCACAGGUGUACCGGCUCCUCCCCUUCAGUCUUGCACAGGUGUACCGGCUCCUCCCCUUCAGUCUUGCACAGGUGUACCGGCUCCUCCCCUUCAGUCUUGCACAGGUGUACCGGCUCCUCCCCUCCAGUCUUGCACAGGUGUACCGGCUCCUCCCCUCCAGUCUUCCACAGGUGUACCGGCUCCUUCCCUCCAGUCUUGCACAGGUGUACCGGCUCCUCCCCUUCAGUCUUGCACAGGUGUACCGGCUCCUCCCCUGCAGUCUUGCACAGGUGUACCGGCUCCUCCCCUGCAGUCUUACACAGGUGUACCGGCUCCUCCCCUUCAGUCUUACACAGGUGUCGGCUCCUCCCCUUCAGUCUUGCACAGGUGUACCAGUUCCUCCCCAUCAGUCUUGCACAGGUGUACCGGCUCCUCCCCUUCAGUCUU